AACUAUUAAAUAGCCUUGUAAUGAGGUAGAUGUCUGCCUUUUGAACUCGCUUCCCCACUCCCGUGGGUGUGACACCUCUGACAUUGACCACUCACAGUGUGCCUGUCCCCUCCCACCGCCCCUGACUAUGUUGGUCCAUUUCAGCGCCUGGAACUUCCCCUCGCGCCUGUACAGGGCGGCGAUGGGCCGAACGGCCGUCAGUUUGCCACAUUGCUGGGUAUAUUUCACAAUUUUUCUGGCCCUGCCUGUCCGGGCGCGGCUCCGGAGAGAGGCUGCAGGGCGGAGUUGAUGGAACAGUCCACAUUCCUGACUGUGGGGCUGGCUCGGUCUGCAGCUAGAGCUCUCUACCCUCCCUCCUCAGUCCUCCGAACUGAGAGCAGCCUGCAGCAUGUCCGCGAAAGCGCUGGCCAAAGGGUCCCCUGCUCCUGGCUCUGUGCCUGAGGGAAUGAUUCGUCUCUACAGCAUGAAGUACUGCCCUUUCGCACAACGCACUCGCCUGGUGCUGGAGGCCAAGGGAAUCAAGUACGAAACCAUCAAUAUCAAUCUGAUAAGCAAGCCGGACUGGUUCUUCGAGAAGAACCCCAUCGGCCUGGUGCCAGUGUUGGAGACCUGUGCGAAUCAGCUGAUCUACGAGUCUCCAAUCACCUGUGUGUUUCUGGAUGAGUGUUACCCCGGGAGACAGCUGCUGCCCGCAGAUCCCUACGGGAAAGCCAAACAGAGCAUGCUGUUGGAACACUUCCGUACGUUCCCAAGUUGCAUCUACAAGAUCGCUGUGGCUAAGGGAAAAUCCGAAGAUACGUCCACGCUGGAGGAAGAAUUUCAGGCUCACCUCAGCCGGUUAGAACAGCAUUUGGCUGAGUCGAAGACCCCGUUCUUUGGAGGUGACCAAGUGACCAUGGUUGACUACAUGCUGUGGCCCUGGUUCGAGCGACUGGAAGCCUUCUCCUUCAGCGAGUUCCUGGAUCGCACCCCAGCACUCAGGAGCUGGAUGCAGGCCAUGAUGAAAGAUCCUGCCGUCAAGGCAACGGCCAUUGACACUGCAGCCCACAGAGGCUUCUACAAGCUGUAUAGACAGCGGAGCCUGGAGGCUUGUGAUUACACACCCUGAGCCCGGACUGCUGGACUCACACACAGCUGUGGGUCGCUCUCCUUCCAAUCAUGCUGCUUUAGCUUCUCCUCACUGGGGUUGUAUCGUCUGUUGACACACUGUUGGGAUGUACUUCUGCAACUACUGACUGGGUUGUGUUGAUGAGCUCUGGUGUCUGGUUGGUGGUGGAAUUGUUCAGGAAAAUUUGUGUAAAGGAUAAUUGGAUUUCAGCUCAUUAAGCUUAAAAAGAGUUCUCUGUCCAACAGGCUGUUAAAUGGGUAUAUUUUAAUUUCUGAAGGAUUUAUUUUGCCUCUGUAAUACUGGUCCUGAACAUUAUUUGAUAAACGUAUGGUCUAUAUAUAUACUCAGCACUUCCCUCGGUGAGUUUAAUCUACUUUCCUUCCUGUUGGUGUUUGAAAAUAACUGCGUGCUGCUUCUGUAACUGCAACAUAAUGUUUAUUUCUGUCUCUUCAUGUAACAACACCUCUGUCCUCCACUGGACCAAUACACUGGGAACACAA